GGCAGUUUCCAUGCAUUGCAGCUUCACCGUCUUGUAAUACGUCAUCCAACAGCGAUCCGCAAUCCAUCGGCACCCUCAACAACAACAACCAACCAACAAGGCAUCAACUUGUCAGAGCUGUUGCUGUUGAUAGACUUUGCGUCCAAUAAUACUGCGUCUUAGAGGUUAAUAAGAAUGGCUAGUGGAUACGGUAUCCGAGGUGGCAUCGGCCGAUGCUAUCCGUUCUACGCGGAUUUCAAAAAGUGCAUGAGCCAGCGUGAUGAGAAGAGUCAUCCCAUGCUGUGUUUUGCGGAACGUGAGGAUUACUUUGAGUGCCUUCAUGGCCGCAAGGAGCACAAGAUGAUUGCUGACAUUCAGGCACAGGAGCGGGUCAUGGCCAAGCAAGGAAGACGAUAUGCCGAUCAGGAAAAAGAGCUGCAAAAGCUGGCCGCGAAAGGAAGCUAGCCCCCGGAAUAGAUUGAAUCCUAUUGAUGGCGAGAGGAAAAUCGCUGUGCAACAAAGAUUUUUAGGAAAUCAUCAGGUUGGACUCCCAACCAACGCAUCUCCGUUCUUUGGCAGUUCAUGCCACCAAUAUUAAGCAAAGCAUGUAGCACCUUUUUAUCUUCGGAGGAGGAACAAAACAAUAUUGAUGGUGUUGUUAUCGUGAGAUUACGGUUUGACUGAUUCAUCCAAAGUACCGUACAGUACCGUAUAGGUUCUUGAACGACCCUCUUCGCGAUCGACAGGGAGCUAAGCUAGACAACAACACUUCAAUUUCAGUCCUCUAGCUAGCAAGAGGGGUAAAAGUGC